AAUUAAAACUUCUUUUUAAGCAGUUGUCAAAGCACUGCCAAAAUGGGUAAAAUAAUGAAAUCCGGUAAAGUCGUAUUGGUCCUCGGCGGCCGAUACGCCGGAAAGAAAGCGGUCGUUAUCAAAACCUGCGAUGAUGGCACGUCUGACAAACAAUACGGACACGCUUUAGUCGCUGGUAUUGACAGGUAUCCCAGGAAAAUCCACAAGCGUAUGGGUAAAGGCAAAAUGCACAAAAGGUCCAAGAUUAAGCCUUUCAUCAAAAUUUUAAACUACAACCACUUGAUGCCUACCAGGUACUCAGUAGAUUUAGCCUCUGACUUAAAAGUAACAGCUAAGGACCUGAAAGAUCCGAUGAAGAGGAAGAAGGCUCGUUUCCAGACCCGUGUGAAAUUCGAAGAAAGGUACAAGCAGGGCAAGAACAAGUGGUUCUUCCAGAAAUUGCGGUUCUAGACUUUAGUUUUCAAUUUUAUAAAUGCGUUUGUACACAUUUUAUUUUUAAUUCGAAAAUAAAACGUGGUGAACUGUU